AUGUUGUGCAAGAAAUUCGUCUCUGUCUCCGCUCUUGCUACUCUCGCUGCCGGCGCCAGCCGCGCUAUCGAACGUCAGGAUCAGUCCCCUCAAUGCUGCCAACAGGUAUUGAGAGCUGAUUCUUCCGAUGGUCAAGCGAUCCUUAGCCUGCUCAAUAUUGUCUUGCAAGACUUCAAUGUCCUUGUUGGUUUCGGCUGCGCCCCCAUCUCUGUGAGUGAUGGUGGAAGCGGUACUUGCUCUCCCGGUACCCCCGUCGUUUGCGCUGACGCCAGUCAUGGCGGUAUCGUCGAUCUUGAUUGCGUACCUAUCACAUAG